AUGCGCUUGCAGCUGUUUAUGAGGACAGUCAGGGAGUCCCAGAAGCUUGCAGAUCUUGUUCUGUCCUUACGACUGCCUUACAUGACGCGAGAAGCUAGCAAAUCCGAUCUUGCGCGAACAGUCUCCGUCCUUCGACAUGUGCGGUACGUCGAUUUACCAGUCGGGUUUUUCAGCGACGAACCUGCGUCAUACACCCUGAAGCAGGAGUUGAUGGCUAAGUGUCCAGAUAUCCGACGAAUGACUUACACACAUGGCUCAGAAAUGAGCAUCUCGCGAAUCGUCGGUGCAAAGCUGUGGACGAACUUGGAAAGUCUAGAGCUAUCGGGACUUCACGUUGACGAAGGCACUCUGCUCCAGGUUCUCGGCUCAUUUCCUGCACUGCGAAGUCUGAAACUGGAGAAUCUCGCAUCCAUAGGAGACUCUGUUUUUACACCUUUUCGGGCCAUGCCGAAUUUUCCACCAAUUGAAAGACUGAUUAUUCGGAAUAUGACGUCUAUCACAGCUGACGGGUUAGCUACGAAUCUAUCCGUUUCCCAGAAUCAGCACGCAUUAGAAACAUUGGGCUUGACGCAAACUGGCGUUCGACCUGAAUCGCUACAUAUGAUUCUUUCCAGGGCCCCGCGUCUCAAGAGCCUCACGCUUGAACUAGAUGUGGAAACGUCCUUUCCCGCUCAAGAAAUCCCGCUUUUGACUUCGAGUAGUGUUGAAAUAAUGCAUUAUGAGAUCACCUCCACAGGCAGUCCGUCCGGAAUGCAGACGGUGGCCAGUUCGUAUUAUAAUUAUCUGAUUUCUUCACUGAAGUCAAAUUCCUUGCCCGCUUUACGACACCUUUAUGCUCUCGAUCCUCGGUUUAUUGACAUGCUGCCUCUCGCUUCUCCAAAGCCUGACCUGCAACAACCGCUGGCCCUGUACACAAAGGGGCCGGACGACUUCGAAUGGAAUAUAACUCAAUACGAACCUACGGCGACUGGAAAGCGAACCUCCGUGACAAGACCGGUCAGCUUUCACUUGGCCCAACUCAGUCCGCGGUGGGGAGUUGAGUCUCGACAGAGUGUUCUUGUCGGAAAUGGAUUCGGAGGAUAUCUGGCAGUUCCUGUGGAUGAAGAGGGACCAGCAAGUAGUGGUGAGAAAUCUACAAAUAGGAGAGAUAGCAAAUACGACCUCUGGAGGUGA